AUGGAUUCAAUUGAAGGAGAACAUAUUUUGGCUGUCAUCUUACUCACAGGAGAAUUAUUCUAUUUUUUAAUAAUACUUGAAAGGGCAUUUUCUGGAAAUAGCAAUGCAGACAGUGUGGUGCAUUACAAACUACAGCACUCGAUAAAAACACGGUAUCUGCGUUUUGUUCCUUUGGACUGGAAUACCAAUGGAAGGAUAGGUAUGAGAGUUGAGGCAUAUGGAUGUACUUAUGAGUCAGAUGUAGCGGAUUUUGAUGGAAGAAGUUCUCUGCUGUACAGAUUCAAUCAGAAGUCCAUGAGCACAGUGAAAGACACAAUUUCUCUGAAGUUUAAGACAAUACAAAGUGAUGGUGUUCUACUGCAUGGAGAAGGACAAUAUGGAGAUUACAUCACGUUGGAAUUAGUGAAAGGAAAGCUCUCGCUGUUCCUCAAUUUAGGAGAUGCCAGGAUACAGUCCUCUGAGAGCCAUACAAGUGUGACACUGGGCAGCCUACUGGAUGACCAGCACUGGCAUUCUGUUCUUAUUGAGCGAUUCAACAAGCAUAUUAACUUCACAGUAGAUGAGCACACUCAACAUUUCCAAACCAGUGGUGACUUUGACUAUUUGGAUAUUGAUUAUGAGCUCAGCUUUGGUGGUAUCCCAGUGCCAGGAAAGCCAGGAGCAUUUUCAAAGAAGAACUUUCAUGGUUGUUUUGAAAAUCUGCACUACAAUGGAGUGAAUAUUAUUGAUCUUGCAAAACGUCAAAAGCCACAGAUCUUCAUUGUGGGCAAUGUGACCUUCUCCUGCACUGAGCCACAGAUAAUUCCUGUCACUUUUGUGAGCACUACUAGCUUUCUGAUGGUUCCAUGCACACCACAAAGAGAUGGCUUCUCCAUUAGAUUUCAGUUUCGUACAUGGAAUAGUGAAGGCCUACUUCUCUCUACUCGACUUUAUCAGGGGUCAGGAUUCCUUCUUCUAUAUCUCCAGAAUGGAAAACUGAAAAUGAUCAUCUAUAAAUUAGGAAAAGUCCAGGGGGAAGUAUCCACAGGUGCUGCAUUGAAUAAUGGACAGUGGCAUUGGGUUUACUGCACUGCUAAGAGAAAUCAAGUUAGUCUAACGUUGGACAAUGAUGCAGCCACAACUGUUUAUGCUUCUGUUCAGAUGCACAUUUAUUCAGGAAACAGUUACUACUUUGGAGGGUGUCCUGUCAACCAUAGUCAAUCCAUCUGUCAGAAUCCUGUGGUCAGUUUCCAAGGGUGCAUGAGGCUUUUUUAUGUAGAUCACCAAGAAGUAGAUCUAAUGUUACUUCAGCAAGGGUUGCUUGGCAACUUCAGUGACCUGCAAAAUGAUGUGUGUGGCAUUAUUGACAGAUGUUUGCCAAACUACUGUGAGCAUGGUGGCGAAUGCUCACAGUCAUGGAAUACUUUCUUCUGCAAUUGUACAGGAACUGGAUACUCAGGUGCAACCUGCCAUAACUCUAUCUAUGAACAGUCCUGUGAAGCAUACAAACAUAAGGGAAACCCAUCAGGCUACUACCACAUAGAUGCAGAUGGCAGUGGGCCCUUGAAACCCUUCCUUGUGUACUGCAGUAUGACGGAUAAAGCAUGGACAGCUGUUCAGCAUAACAACACAGAGCUAACCAAAGUUAAAAGCUCAAGUCGAGAGAAUCCACACACAGCGAUUUUUAAGUACACUGCCAGCAUUGAACAGCUGGAGGCUGCAAUUAAUCAUGCAGAGCAGUGUGAGCAGGAGCUUGCUUACCACUGCAAGAAAUCACGGCUGUUCAACAGGCCAGAUGACGUGCCUUUUGCCUGGUGGGUUGGAAGAGCGAACGACACACAAAUCUAUUCUGGAAAGCCUGUGCUCGGUAUUCAGAAAUGUGCGUGUGGAUUAGAAGGAAACUGCAUCGACACCCAACAUUACUGUAAUUGUGAUGCAGACAGGAACGAAUGGACUAAUGACACAAGCCUCCUUUCCAACAAAGCUCACUUACCUGUCACCCAUGUUAUUAUCACUGAUACAAGCAGACCAAACUCAGAAGCUGCAUACAAGCUCGGACCGCUUCUUUGUCAUGGGGACAGAAAUUUUUGGAAUUCUGCUUCCUUCAAUACAGAGACUUCUUAUCUUCAUUUCCCGACAUUCCAUGGUGAACUUAGUGCAGAUGUAUCAUUUUAUUUUAAAACUGUUGCUACUUCUGGUGUGUUUUUAGAAAAUCUUGGAAUCAAGGACUUCAUAAGAAUUGAACUGUACUCUCCCACGGAAGUCACAUUUUCAUUUGAUGUUGGAAAUGGGCCCUAUGAAAUUACUGUGAAGUCACCAACAGACUUAAAUGACAGUCAGUGGCACUAUUUAAAAGCAGAACGGAAUAUUAAAGAAGCAGCUCUUCAAGUGGAUCAGAUAUCAAAGAAGGUUCAGGAUGACACAUCUGAUGGACAUAUCCGCUUACAGCUCAACAGUCAAUUGUUUGUAGGAGGAACAGCUUCAAGGCAGAAGGGAUUUCUGGGAUGUAUUCGCGGCUUACAUUUAAAUGGUAUAUCCCUUGACCUUGAAGAACGAGCCAAAAUAACCCCUGGGGUAGAACCAGGUUGCCUUGGACAUUGCAGUAGUUAUGGCAGCCUGUGUCACAAUGAAGGAAAAUGCAUUGAGAAAUACAAUGGAUUUUCUUGCGACUGUACCUAUUCUGCAUACAGUGGUCCGUUCUGUAAAAAUGAAGUGUCUGCUUACUUGGAAGCUGGAGCAUCAGUGAUCUACAACUUUCAAGAAUAUUACUCCUUCAGUAAAAACUCAAGUAGCCAUGCAUCUUCAUUUUAUGCUGAUAGGGCCUUUAACAAGGAAAACAUCACAUUUCUCUUCCGGACAACACAGACGCCAAGCCUAUUACUUUAUGUCAACUCCUACUACAAGGAAUAUUUAUCACUCACUCUUUCUAAAAAUGGAAGUUUGCAGAUCAGAUAUAAGAUGGAUAGUGAUAAAGUCCCUGAUGUUGCCAACGUUAAUUCAAGGAAUCUAGCAAAUGGACAGCUCCAUCACGUAACGAUAAACAGAGAAGAUGAGCACUUACAUGUCAAGAUUGAUCAACAUCUUAGAGCUAAGUUCCUGUUGUCGUCAGGCAGAAAAUUCAAUGCUCUGAAAUCCAUUAUCCUUGGAAAAAUAAUAGAUGAUGAUGGUCUUGACUUGGAGGUUUUAAAAGCAAACAAUCAUGGUUUUUUCGGUUGCCUGUCUUCAAUGAAGUUUAAUAACAUCUAUCCUUUAAAAGCUGCACUGCACCACAUCAGCUCAAACUCAGUUGUGGUAAUAGGACGCUUCAGUGAGUCCAACUGUGGCACUCUGAGUACAGCUGACUCAUCAUCAAGGGAAACAACACAUUCCUUGUCAGAUAACUCUGGGUCAAUAGACCAAGGACAACCACUAGAUAAUGCAAUCAGACGUGACUCUGCUGUUAUUGGAGGUGCAAUAGCUGUUGUGAUAUUUGUCAUCCUCUGCAUCACUGCUAUAGCAGUACGGAUUCACCAGCAUAAAGGAUCUUACAAGAAUAGCGAGGCUAAGAGAGUGGAGCAUAACGACUGUGCAGAUGCAGCACUAAAAAGUGAACUAAAUUCACAAAGCAUAAUUAGUGAAACACAGAGGGAAUAUUUUUUCUAACUUGAUUUCUAAUGUCUGGUGCAUUGGUUUCAUCAAAACAGAAGAAACUUUUAUAUAUGUACAUUGCAAAAUGAACUCAUUCACAAAGCCCAGAAAAAAAAAAACAGAAACUAGAAUAAGAGGAAAGUGAAUCAAUUAAUUUACAUUAUGUUCCUUUUUAUUUCGAGAAACAGUCUGAAGUGCUAUUUCAAUGGUAUUUAAUUUUAUAUAUUUAUUUUACUGUUCAGUUCUACUUAAUCCCAGUUUUUGGAAUUACUGAAAUAAGCCACAUUAUGGAAAUAUUUUAUAUGAACUAUGAUAAUGUAUUCCUCCUUGUUUAAAGAUGAGAAAAUAUGAAUCAUUUAUACUGCAUUCUGAAAAGCAGACUUGAAAAUUAUGUUGGCUUCUUACGAAGUUGUAAAAUACAUACAGAAUAUUACAGUCAUAUGAUCACAUUAAAUUAACACAAAACUUACUGUACUAUGUCUCAAUACACAUCUGCAUAUCGAAUUCUACUUCUAUUAUAACUGUGACCGCCAUAAUAUAUAGUUUUUUUGGUAAACAACAAUACUAUAGCUCUACAUUUCUGACUUAGAAUUCCUUAAAAUUAAUGUUUAAGGGGGGAGUCAGUUUAUGCUGCUCUACCUAUCUGAAGUGAGUUUACUGCUUUGUAAAAACUGAAAUGCUGGCAAAUCUUUUCUUGGAAAUGUUUUCUCCCUUUUGAUACUGGGACAUGAUUGAAAAGACAGUGAGUUCCAUCGAUGUCAAGCUUAUGAAAUGUCAGCCACUUGGAAAUGCUGUAUGAUGGAUUCUGAAAGCAACCUUCUGAUCUUCUCUAGAGGGAAUAUGUUUUGCAAUAUUAACUUAAAAGACUGAAUAGCGCACAGUUGUUUUAUCCAUAUAGUAAACCACAGAAAACAAAGAAUCAAAUAUAAAAUUUUUAUGUAUGUUGUCAUCAGUACUCUGCACAGUUAGCAUUUUAUGAUUACCUUGUCACUUAACCAUAUAAAUGAGCUCUCAUGGAGCUGUACUCCAGCAGUUUGAUUCAUUGCCCAUGCUUCCAGGUACUAUACAUUUAGCAGACAAUAUCUGGAAAUACAGGACUUUUUUCCUUUUGUACCAUUUCUUUGAGAGAUGUUUUAUAAGUGCAGACAUGAAUCCCAGAGCUUUUAGUUCAGCUUCUUUGUAAAAAUUAGUGUUAUCAGUGCACAUCCUUUUUUCAUAACUUAGAACAGCAUAAUUACUGCAGUUGAUGUCAUUCUGUUUGUCAUAGCUUGCAUUUGAACCUAUAGUCUUAUAUUUUUAUAUGAAGUGUUUUGCAAUUUAUUGUAUUUUUGCUAUAUGUACUGGAUUACCAGAAAUACAUUUUCUGUUAAGGCAUUACAAUUUGUAAAUUGUACAACUGUGUGGAUUUGUGUGAUGUAAGAGAGUGCAGGAUUGUAGUAAAGGAAUUACAUUGUAUAUUA